UUCUGUUUGGGCAUGACGUAACUACCGUAAAACAAUAUGGCGUCCUCGGAGAAAGAUGAUUGUCGAUGAGUCUAACCGGAUAGACCGCCGCCUCUCGUGAGGCAACGUUGUUGUCUGACGUAACGUUUUCGGUAAAAUACAUCAAUGUUGUAGGCGUUGGUGAGCGCGCCUGUUUAUCUUGAGCACGGACUUUCGGUUCGAGUCCAGUUGCUAGUCGGCGCUCAAGAUGGAUGGUGGAGAGUACGUCUCCCCAAUGGAGAACGUGGACCCGACUUUAGCCGAGUUAGUGGGAGAUGAACUCACACUGGGGGACUUCGAUGAGAUGCUCCAGUAUGUCAAGGGCGACUUCCCAGACCUGUUUGAGGAGCCGAUGGCCAUCUCUGGCUCUCUCAGCACCUCUCCUCGACCCGCCAAUCAAAACCCUCAGACUCCCCAAACAUUGACCCCAGUCGUCCCACAAUUCCCCAACGCCGGCCUCUCUGCCCCCCAGUCGCUGUCACCCAGGUCCGGGUCGCUCCCGCCUUCUCUCUCCCCUACUCAGACCCCUGCCACAGCAUCCACAGGGCAGCAGCAUGUGACCCGCAGCCCCCCGCCGCUCCAGCCACGACCCCCAGUGGUCCAACCCAUCCAACCCCAACCGAUGGCUCAGUCCACCAUCCAGGUGCAGACACACUCGAUCCCAAUGCAGACUCAGCGAUUCCCAGUACACACCCUGGUUCCAACAGCGAUCCCGAGACAAGCCACCCAAGCUGUGAUGGUUGCUUCCAACAGUGGCCAGUCCCGUUUUAUCCCAAACCCAGUCAUCUGCGCCCAAAGCCCUACUCCUGGUUUCCCAGUGCUCCAACCACAGGUACCGAGCAUCAUGAGCCCAGUGACGUUUCAGCAUCACCCCCUUCUGACACCCACUGGUCAAACCAUCCAGACUAUCUCCACGGCGCCCACUGCGAUCCAUGCUGUGCAGCAGCCUGUUCUGGUUCCACAGCCUCAAAUUCUAAAUACUGAUUCCCUUGUUUUGACGACAUUUAAACCAGAAUGUACUCAGGUACUCACAACCAUGCAACACCCAGCGGGGAUCACCACCUUUACCACAACCCCCCAGAACACGACACUGCAAGUCCCGUUAUACAGCUAUCAGUACCCUCAAAAGACUACGAUUCCUUUUAUGGUGGGAGGGGGAGAUAAGCUCACCCUUAAACAGGUACCAUCAGGCUGCGCCCAUAACACACAUGUCGCCAACGGAGAGCUGAGCCCGGUGACAGGAAGUCUGAUGUGCCAAGGAGGGGUGGUAAAAGAGGGUGAGAGGAGAACCACCCACAACAUUGUUGAAAAGAGGUACCGCUCGUCCAUCAAUGACAAGAUUGUGGAGCUCAGAAACUUGGUUGUGGGCAAUGAUGUUAAGAUGCAUAAGUCGGGAGUGUUGAGCAAAGCUAUUGACUACAUUAAGUACCUGAAACAGGUCAACCACAAACUCCGUCAGGAGAACCUGACCCUCAGGAUGGCCAACCAGAGGAACAAGCUAGUGACACUGUCCGAGGAUAUGGAGCCGAAAGAGGAAAUUCCGAUAAUGUCACCUCCGGCCUCUGACUCUGGCUCCCCCCUCCAGUACUCGCCAUUAUGUUUGGACUCUGAGCCUGGCACCCCAUUACUUGAUGACGAGCUGAUGAAGUGUGAGCCAGACUCUCCUUUCUCUGUCGGCGUGAUGGAUGGUUCUCGUCUGCUUCUCUGUGCCCUGACCUUCUUCUGUCUGUCCCUGAACCCACUACCCUCGCUGUUGGGCUCUGACGCGUCUUCAAGCCAAAGUCUCUCUGCAGGGCAUGGGCCGUCAAGAACGCUUGUUUGGUUCCCGAGUCCCACACAGGACUUUGCCUCAUGGCUGCGCUGUAUGUUGCCGUGGCUGAUGGUUUGGGUCAUCAGUGGGCUGGGAGCAGUGUGGGGUUGUGUCCGUGUGCUGUACCUUUGGGAACCUGUCACGCCGCUUCACUCCCCGAAGUCGGUGUCCUUCUGGAGGCACCGCAAGCAAGCCGAUGCACACCUCAAGCGUGGGCACUAUGCUGCUGCAUUGCCUUGUUUAGAGACCUGUCUGUCCAUCUUAACCAGAGCUUUGCCCUCCACCAAACUGGAUCUGGUGUGCUCGUUGUCCUGGAACGUGAUUCGCUAUUGUUUGCAUCGCCCAACCCCGGUCGGCUGGCUGGUUCACCAAGUCGGAGGAAAACACGAAGGGGACGAGGCGAGGACGAGUGCAAAGGAUGCAGCACUGGUUUACCAUCGUCUGAGCCAACUGCAACUCACAGGAAAGGUGCCCGAGCGCAGUGGCUUGUGGGCCCUGUCUCUGUCUCUGAGCGCUGUGAACCUUAGCGAGAGCGCCCAAGGGAAGAUGGCUCCAGCCCAGCUCGCCGAGAUCAAUGUCACUGCAGCCACAGCCCUGCGUGCUGUACUGGGGCUCCAUUUCUCCUUCCUGCCCGGUUACUUAUUGAGCUGUGCAGAGAGCAUUGCCAGUCCAUCGGAAGCAAAGCAGAUCCCCCGCUGCCUGCGCUGGCUUUUCACACCAUUGGGCAGGCAGUUCUUCCUAAGCUGUGAUUGGUCGCUGAAGUCCGAGAGCAUCGAUGUGGUGUUUACGUCGCAGAGGGAAGACCCAGCCGACCCAAUGGCGCAGUUGCACCGCUGUUUCUGCAGAAAGCUGCUGGAGAGAGCCGUACACAGCCUCAUCCAGCCGCAGAAGGACUCUGAAGGAGGCGAGCACAGGACAAGCUCGGGGGAGUUUUCCAGUGCCCUGGAGUUCCUACAGCAAUUAAACAACUGUACAGAUGACUCUGCCUCUGCUCUUCCUCCUUUCUCAACUCUUCCCAGUCACACCAUCACGCCAGGUAUGAUGAAACACGAACCCAACCCUUCCUGA